AGUAGACGUUAUGUUUCAAGCUCUAAGUGAAUUUGGAUCAAAGGUUAUUCCACCCAAAGGAUUUUAAAGAUGCUUCCUGAACUUUUCGACCAUCAAGAUCAGAAUGUCCGUGCAUCUGCUAAAGGGGUGACUCUUGAGCUAUGCCGUUGGAUUGGAAAAGACCCUGUAAAGUCUAUAUUGUUUGAGAAAAUGAGGGAUACGAUGCUGGAGGCUGAGCUUGCCAAUGUUUCAGGGGGUGCCAAGCCUACUCGAAAGAUAAGAUCUGAGCAAGACAAGGAGCCAGAGGCAGAAGCUAGUUCUGAUGUUGUGGGUGAUGGGCCCAGUGAAGAAGCUGUUGCUGAUGCGCCUCAGGAAAUAGAUGAGUAUGAUCUUAUGGAUCCUGUGGACAUUUUGACUCCUUUGGAGAAGUCUGGGUUCUGGGACGGAGUGAAAGCUACAAAGUGGUCAGAGCGUAAAGAAGCUGUUGCAGAGCUAACAAAGCUUGCUUCGACUAAAAAGAUAGCUCCUGGUGAUUUUUCAGAAAUUUGUCGGACUUUAAAGAAGCUUAUCACGGAUGUGAACUUGGCCGUUGCAGUUGAAGCUAUUCAAGCUAUUGGAAAUCUUGCAUGUGGUUUAAGAACACAUUUCUCUGCUAGUUCACGGUUUAUGCUGCCUGUUUUACUUGAAAAAUUGAAAGAGAAAAAGCCAUCAGUCACAGAACCACUUACACAAACGCUACAAACAAUGUACAAAGCUGGGUGUUUGAAUCUUGUUGAUGUUAUAGAAGAUGUGAAGACAGCAGUGAAAAACAAAGUUCCACUUGUGCGUUCUUCAACUUUGACCUGGUUGACAUUCUGCCUUGAAACAAGUAACAAGGCUCUUAUUCUAAAGGCGCACAAAGAAUAUGUCCCUCUAUGUAUGGAGUGUCUCAACGAUGGAACUCCUGAUGUGAGGGAUGCAGCAUUUUCGGCUUUGGCUGCAAUAGCUAAGUCUGUAGGCUCUGGUGGUGAUGACCAAGCUGGUACAAGCUCAGUGACAGUUCAGUCUUCAGUUGGGAGCACGGCCACAGGGAACUCAGAAGCUUCCUUUGUGAGGAAAUCAGCAGCAAGCAUGUUGAGCGGCAAAAGACCCGCUCCUUCUGCUCCUGCGAGCAAGAAGGUUGGGACUGGCAAACCGGGUGGAGGCAAAAAAGAUGGAUCUGUAAGGAAUGAAGGUCCAAAAUCUGUUGAACCACCUGAAGAUGUCGAGCCUGCCGAGAUGGGUCUUGAAGAGAUUGAAAACAGAUUAGGUUCUCUUGUGAAACCAGAAACUAUAUCUCAGUUAAAGAGCUCUGUUUGGAAAGAAAGACUUGAAGCAACUUUGGCUUUGAAAGAAGAGAUAGAAGGUCUACAAGAACUAGACAAGUCGGUGGAAAUCUUGGUCCGGUUGUUGUGUGCAGUUCCUGGUUGGAAUGAGAAAAAUGUGCAGGUUCAGCAACAGGUCAUUGAAAUCAUUACUUACAUAUCUUCGACUGCAGCGAAGUUUCCUAAGAAAUGUGUCGUACUUUGUAUUACGGGCACUAGUGAACGAGUUGCAGAUAUAAAAACAAGAGCCUCUGCUAUGAAGUGCCUUACUGCUUUCUGUGAAGCAGUUGGUCCUGGAUUCGUUUUCGAGAGGCUUUUCAAAAUCAUGAAAGAGCACAAGAAUCCCAAGGUUCUUAGUGAAGGCUUGUUAUGGAUGGUUUCGGCAGUUGAUGACUUUGGUGUCUCACUUUUGAAACUUAAGGAUUUGAUAGAUUUUUGUAAGGAUGUUGGGCUGCAAUCUAGUACAGCUGCCACCAGAAAUGCUACAAUUAAACUCUUGGGUGCUUUACACAAGUUUGUUGGUCCAGACAUUAAAGGGUUUCUUAAUGAUGUCAAACCUGCACUACUAAGUGCACUUGACACCGAAUAUGAGAAAAACCCUUUCGAGGGGACUGCGGCUCCAAAGAGAGUUGUUAAGACGUCAGUUUCAACAUCAACAUCUUCUGGAGGGUUGGAUAGCUUACCUAGAGAAGAUAUCAGUAGCAAGAUUACACCGAAUCUCCUUAAGGGCUUUGAGAGUCCUGAUUGGAAGAUGCGUUUGGAGUCAAUUGAAGCUGUCAAUAAAAUUCUGGAAGAGGCUAAUAAACGUAUCCAACCAACUGGAACUGGAGAAUUAUUUGGUGGUCUACGAGGACGUCUGUUGGAUAGUAACAAAAAUCUUGUCAUGCAAACAUUGACUACUAUUGGAGGUGUUGCAGCAGCUAUGGGACCAGCUGUCGAGAAGGCGAGCAAGGGAAUUCUAUCUGAUGUUGUGAAAUGUCUCGGUGACAACAAGAAGCACAUGAGAGAAUGCACCUUGGCUGCUCUUGAUUUGUGGCUUGGUGCUGUGCAUCUUGACAAAAUGAUUCCUUACAUUAUAAUAGCCCUAACAGAUGGGAAAAUGGGAGCAGAAGGGCGUAAAGAUCUUUUUGAUUGGUUGACAAAACAGCUUACUGGAUUAAGUGACUUUGUGGAUGCCAUACAUUUACUAAAACCUGCAAGCACUGCAAUGACGGAUAAAUCAGCAGAUGUGCGAAAAGCAGCCGAAGGAUGCAUUUCUGAGAUCUUGAGAGUCAGUGGACAAGAAACGAUUGAAAAGAAUCUUAAAGAUAUCCAUGGCCCAGCAUUAGCUCUUGUGCUUGAAAAAGUAAGACCAGGAUUUGUUCAAGAACCAUUUGAAUCAUCAAAAGCUUUGGCGGGGCCAGUGUCAAAAGGUGUUUCAAAGAUUUCAAAAUCAACUUCUAAUGGUACCUUGAAGCAAGGAAACAGAUCAAGAGCCGUACCAACAAAGGGCUCAAGUCAAAUUACGUCUGUCCAUGAUAUAGCUAUCCAGUCACAGGCUUUGCUAAAUACUAAGGACUCCAAUAAGGAGGACAGGGAGAGGGUGGUGGUUCGUAGAAUUAAAUUUGAGGAGCUGCGACCAGAACAGAUUCAGGAUCUUGAGAAUGAUAUGAUGAAAUUUUUUAGGGAAGACUUGCAAAAACGAUUGUUGAGUCCCGACUUCAAGAAACAAGUAGAUGGGCUGGAAAUCCUACAGAAGGCACUUCCAUCUGUUUCGAAGGAAAUUAUAGAAGUAUUAGAUAUACUUCUCAGGUGGUUUGUGUUGCAAUUCUGUAAAUCCAACACAACCUGUCUGCUAAAGGUGCUUGAGUUUCUUCCAGAACUUUUCAACACAUUGAGGGAUGAGGAAUACUGCAUGACGGAAGCAGAAGCUGCAAUAUUUCUGCCUUGUUUAGCGGAGAAGUUGGGGCAUAACAUUGAAAAAGUAAGAGAAAAAAUGCGGGAGCUGAUGAAGCAGAUUAUCCAAGCUUAUUCUGUAGCAAAGACGUAUCCCUAUAUUUUGGAAGGUUUACGUUCCAAAAACAACCGGACGAGGAUAGAGUGUACUGAUCUCAUAGGAUAUCUACUCGAGACUUGUGGAACUGAGAUAGGUGGACUACUGAAAUACUUGAAUAUGGUUGCAAGCUUGACGGCAGAAAGAGAUGGUGAACUCAGGAAAGCUGCUUUGAACACCAUGGCUACUGGUUAUAAGAUUCUUGGUGAUGACAUCUGGAAAUAUGUUGGGAAGCUUACAGAUGCUCAAAAGAGUAUGAUUGAUGAUAGAUUUAAGUGGAAAGUCAAGGAAAUGGAGAAAAGAAGAGAAGGGAAACCUGGGGAGGCACGAGCAGCAUUAAGGCGUUCUGUUAGAGAUAAUGGACCUGAAGUGGCAGAGCAAAGUGGUGAUCUUUCUCAAAUAGUCCCUGGACCUUUAUUUCCAAGGCAAAGCUAUGGUAUUUCCGAACAAAUUCUGGAGAGGAACCCGGUACCUCGGACAAUUGCUGGAGUUAAUGGCCCUACAGACUGGAAUGAGGCUUUGGACAUCAUUAUGUUUGGUUCUCCAGAGCAGUCGGUUGAAGGGAUGAAAGUUGUGUGUCAUGAGUUGGCACAGGCUUCUAAUGAUCCUGAAGAGAGUGCAAUUGAUGAACUUGUGAAGGAUGCAGAUGGGCUUGUUUCAUGCUUAGCAAAUAAGGUUGCCAAAACAUUUGAUGUUAGCUUAAUGGGAGCUUCAUCGAGGUCGUGUAAAUAUGUUUUGAACACACUUAUGCAGACAUUCCAAAAUAAAAAGCUUGCCCAUGCAGUCAAAGAAGGGACUCUUGAAAGCCUUAUAACAGAGCUCUUGCUUUGGCUUCUGGAUGAAAGAGUUCCACGCAUGGAAGAUGGGAGCCAACUGCUGAAAGCUCUGAAUGUUUUGAUGCUUAAGAUCCUGGAUAAUGCAGAUCGGACAUCUUCGUUUGUGGUCCUUAUUAGCUUGCUACGUCCCCUGGAUCCAUCUAGAUGGCCUUCACCUGCUACGGCUGAAGUUUAUGCUGUCCGGAAUCAAAAAUUCUCUGAUUUGGUAGUUAAAUGCCUUAUUAAACUUACAAAGCUCCUCCAAAGCACCAUAUAUGAAGUUGAUCUUGAUAGACUUCUUCAGAGUAUCCAUGUAUAUCUGCAAGAGCUGGGAAUGGAAGAGAUACGUAGGAGAGCUGGGGCAGAUGAUAAACCUCUGAGAAUGGUGAAAACUGUUCUACAUGAACUUGUUAAGCUCCGGGGAGCUGCAAUUAAGGGCCACUUGUCUCUUGUCCCUAUUGACAUGAGGCCACAACCCAUCAUUCUCGCUUACAUCGAUCUAAACCUUGAGACUUUAGCUGCAGCAAGAAUGUUAACUGCAACAGGUCCUGUGGGCCAAACCCAUUGGACAGAUUCAACAGCCAACAAUCCUUCACCUCCCGCAAAUUCUGCUGAUGUUCAGUUGAAGCAAGAGCUAGGGGCAAUUUUUAAGAAAAUAGGUGACAAACAAACUUCCACAAUAGGUCUUUACGACCUCUACCACAUCACUAAGUCCUAUCCAAAGGUUGAUAUUUUUUCCCAACUUCAAAAUGCUAGCGAAGCGUUUCGUACUUACAUCAGAGACGGUCUGGCCCAGGUUGAGAAGAAUGCAGCUGCGGGAAGAACGCCUUCAAGCCUACCGUUGUCAACUCCUCCCCCUUCUUCCUUAGCUCUUCCAUCUCCUGAUAUUCCUUCCUUGUCCUCUUUAGAUGUGAAGCCUCUGAUGAACCCUAGAUCUGAUUUAUAUACCGAUGAUAUCCGAGCCAGUAACAUGAAUCCUGGAGUGAUGACAGGGACGCUAGAUGCAAUCAGAGAAAGGAUGAAGAACAUGCAACUGGCUUCAUCAGGAACCCUAGAGCCAGUAAGCAAACCGCUGAUGCCAACAAACGAUAACUUAUCAAUGAACCAACAGAGCGUUCCCCAGAGCCAAAUGGGACAAGAGACACCCCACACACACCCGGUGGUUCUCCCAAUGGAUGAGAAAGCAUUGUCCGGUCUUCAAGCCCGAAUGGAGAGGCUCAAAGGUGGAUCACUGGAACAUAUGUAGAACUAGAGACCCCAAGCUUUGGAGUCUAAAGCUACAAAGCAAAUUCGCCAUUUUUGUUACUUCUCUCCAAUUAAUGUAGUGGUAGUAGUAAAAUACUUUUUUUUUA